ACUGCGUUGUCCAUCAAACUUGUGAUUCUACGCGGAAAUUUCUUUUGCUUCAUCUCAGAACAGUGUACCCAAACGCGUACUGUGCCGAGUAAUAGCAAUCCAGAUCUGCUCCGUAUCUCAAUCUCAGGUGAAAUCGAAGUGGGGGCGGGGUCCAUCACUCCUCAAGCCACCCAGGAUAACCCUCGUUGUGGGCCGAGAAGCCUGAGAGCGUGACGUGCAAACCCCAGGCUGCGAGGUAUGGUGUUGCGAAGAUGUUCAAUAUGCGACCGGAAUUUUACCAAGGCCGAGCAUUACCUUCGACACCAAAGGUCUCACACGAAGGAGCGGCCCUACGAGUGCGUGACCUGCAAGAAGCGCUUCUCGCGGAGUGAUGUGCUCUUUCGACACAGUAAGCUACAUAGUCAACAAACACCCGAGGAACGUGGAGACGCGUCAAGCUCUUUGCUUGGGCCUGUUAGGCCAUCGCCGCCGAAUGGAUCCAUGAUACCAAUCUCAGAGGAACGCAUGAACCCCAAUGGCCCCUUUGCUCGUCCGGAGAGGACGAGUUUUGCUCAGGAUCAAUCCUAUGGCGAUGCGCAUAUGGCUCAUUCACGACACAUGUCAAUGCCUGACUUAUCUUUGGGCCAUCCCCAGUAUAACAUGAGCCCGCAGCAACAUGGCCCUCUUUCCCAAAUGACGCCGUCGCAUGCGUAUACUGGACCUGAGUUUACACCUGUACAGGAGUUUCCUCCAAGUGUGACGACACCUGCAUUGCCAUCGCAUACUUACGAUCCACAACUUGUGUCAAUGGACCACACUCAUAUGGAUGGCUUAAUGUCCGGACCCUUUGGGGUUGGAGGACUACCAGUGCACUCACCCGGGCAAUCUCAAGAUAUGCUGCAAUUUUGGUUGUCGCAAGCAGACAAUGAUCUGGGCUACGGUUCGCUUGCCCUACCAGAUAUGGCUAGCACUCCGUAUACACCAGAAGCCAAUCAGCGACCAGCACGUCUACCAGUACAGAGAGCCGCAACCUCAGAGACCAGUGAUACUGCGUCGACCGGGAACAUACCGAAUGAACGCUUUGCACGAGUCGAAAGCUGUUGGUUGGCGAAGAACAACGGUACUCACCACCUUGCCCAAUCACUUUGGUCCGAUGUCGUCCACAGCCCCGGACCUAACUUAUUUUCGAUCGGACUCUCACAAACUUUAGAAAGGUCAGAUAGCCGAUGGGGUGUUAAUGCCCUGUUACGCUCCCGCCUAGAAGCAGAAUUUGGCGCCCAUUUGCCUCAUUCUGCCGGUGCCUCUGCGCAACGGCCCGGAAACUUUCCUCCGGCAGAAGUGCUCGAGAUAUGUUUGGACCACUACUUCCGCCGAUUUCAUCCAAUGGCUCCUUUCAUCCACGUUCCGACGUUUGAUGCUUCUAACACUCCUCUUCCUCUGCUGUAUGCCAUGUGUAUGCUAGGACUCAGUGCUCUUGAAUCGAGUAACGGUGGAAACUUCAUCUCCAACGCUUUUACGAUCUUACUACGAAAAGUGCACAAUGAUUUGGCACUGAAUGCAAUUACUCCCUCAGCUCCACAUGCACGUCUGGCCAUAUUCGCUGCUGGUUUCUUGACAUUGUGUCUAGCUGCUCUGUCAGGAGACAAAGACCGAUUAGCGCAGUCUCAGACUCUUUAUGCGGCGCUGAUAGCGACAGCACAGAGGCAAGGGGUGUUCUCUGUGGAAGAGCUAGACGUGGAAGACACCAUUGCUGAGGUCAACGAUGAAAACUCUCGAUGGCUAACGUGGGCUCGUAUUGAGAGUGCCAAAAGACUUGUCGUUGCAUUACUUACCACUGAUUGGUGGUUUUCUGCAAAUUCUUCAGUCAGUCCCGCGAUACGGCCAGAGACACUUCAAUUAUGUCUCCCUUGCGACGACGUCCUUUUCCGUGCAGAGUCUACGGCGCGAUGGACCCAGCUGCAACAGAUGGGCAAAAGAAUAUCCAUGCCAAUGAUUAAACCUCGCACAUUCAACCUCGAAGGAGCCUUGGAUUCGGUCAUACUGCUCGAUCCUCCAUUAGAUGCCCCAGGACAGUACACUCUACUCUCGGCCAUCAAACUCUGUGUAUGUGAUGCUCAGCAUCGACACUUCUUACCUACGGACGACUGGGACAGACACGAUCACUUGAUACCAUGGGAGACAUAUCAAGACGAUCUCAGAGCCCGAUCCCUGGUACAGACCACACUAUCACUUGCGCCUGUUAUCACCGGCUCAGUGAAGACUGCAGAUCUCAAUUCCCUAGUCCUGUGGCACAACUUGUGUUUGACACUCAACUCGAACAUGCAGAUCUUCGAGCUUGCAGCAGGUCGUGCAGGCGCGGGUCCAGCAGGCAAGGCUCUUGCCGAUGUGGAGGAUUGGGCCCGCACUUCCUCAGCUCGCAGGGCUUGCAUACACGCCGCGCAUACUUUCCAGCUCCUCAGCAAUCGCAAGGUGUCGGAGAGUGUUACGCUCAACUCCAUGUCUGCACUAUUCUGCUCUGCUCUUGUUCUUGGUCUCUAUCUCUUCACUGUACAAAGCCCGGAAACCGAUAAUACCCGCCCGCCAUAUGAGUUGAUGGAUGACGUUGACUGGACGAUAGUCGGCAAUGCGGGCAUGGCAGAAACUUCGCCUGGGAACAGUCCAGGCAUGAUGUUCGAGUCCUCCCAUGCUUCAAACAUCACUCGCACUUUCAUUGAAGCAGGUGGUCCUGCAUCAAUCAAUGGGGUUGUGGCUACUAGCGGGUUCCAAACUGCAAGACGAACAUUACUGGAUUUCGCGCACUUAAUGGAUGGCAUUGGUACAUGGAAGCCGAGGACGCUGUCACGAAUUUUACACAUCAUGUCUGACGUGUUGGAGGAAUCUAUUUGAAAUCGCAUAAUCUGUAGUCACGAAUCAAUAAUGUAAAUAGUCUCCUCCUUCAAACGGCAUAUGAACAUGCAUGCCUAAUUCUUCUUCCAUUCUGCCUUGUCCCAU